CGCCACUACUGUCCAAGACUCUCUAGCACACUCUGUGCAUACCCAGCUGUAUCUUUGUCAUUGCAAACAUCUUGGAGCGCAUCUCAGGCCUCGAACCACUUGCUAUACAGCGCUACACGCAUCGCUUCACUCGCUCGGACGCUAUUGCACAGAUACCAAUCACCCCAUACCCCGACUCUUACUGGUUCUGACUAGACUGUAUUACAACCAUGGCUGGCGUGCAGUGGCACUAUGUUCUCAAGUUCAUUAUUACGGGUGACGCUGCAGUGGGGAAGUCCUCCCUACUCGUUCGGCUUACGGACCAACGGUUCCUUGCCAACCCCGACCCAACACUAGGUGUUGAGUUUGGCUCCAAGCUAAUCACGAUACCGGAGGAGAACAAGAUUGUAAAGUUACAAUGUUGGGACACCGCCGGCACAGAGUCAUUCCGGUCUAUAACGCGGUCGUACUACAGAGGCGCCGCAGGAUGUUUGUUGGUAUACGAUGUUACCAGUCGUCAAAGUUUCGUGAACGCGCGAUCAUGGCUUGCAGAUGUCAGGGAGCACGCAGACCCUCAUCUGACAUGUAUCCUCGUCGGUAACAAGCUCGACCUCUGUUCCGACGAGUCGUCCGACGGCGCCGCGGCGGGGGGCAAGCGCAAGCGCGAGGUCUCCGUCGAAGAGGCUGAGCUCUGGGCGAAGGAAGAGAACCUGCUCUUCGUCGAAGCGAGCGCCAAGUCUGGGGAGAACGUCGAGGCAGCGUUCGAGCGUGCGACGCGCGACAUCCUGAGCAAGGUGCACCGCGGUGUGUUUGACGACGACAGGUCGCCCGGUGUCAAGCUGUCGAAGCCUUCCGGGAGCGGAGUGGCGCUGGAGGACGCGCAAGCGCGAACGGGCUGCUGCUCGUGAAGGUAUGGGGUCGAUGUGUUGUUGUUGGGUUGGUGGAUGUCUUUUCGGUUUCAUUAUUCGCGGCUAUACGGAAGACACGCGGACGAUACUGCAUGUAUGUAUUCUAACCUACUGUACUGAUAUACC